GCCCGCGUCAAAAACCUGUCUGGCUGUUGUUUUCCUUUCUCCCCGGAGAAACAUGGCGCUGCCGAUGGCUAACCCGGGCGCCCGUCUCGUCGGCUGGAAGGAGGCCCCCGCGCUGGGCAUGGGGCCGGCGUCGCGGCUAGCACCGCCCCGCCGCGCCGCGGUCGCCCCGCACAGGACUGGCAGAGGGAAGUUUCCAGUGGCAGCCAUCAUUCUAGAUGACUAUCUUCCAAUGCAAAGUACUGAAGUGAAAAAUCGGACAUCGACAGGCGACAUCACAAGUCUAAGACUAAUCACAGCAGUCAAAACUCCCUAUUUGCCAGAUGGAAGAUUCGAUCUCGAAGCGUAUGAUUCUUUGAUAAACAUGCAGAUAGAGGGUGGUGCUGAAGGUGUAAUAGUUGGUGGAACAACAGGAGAGGGUCACCUUAUGAGCUGGGAUGAACACAUCAUGCUCAUUGGUCGUACUGUUAACUGCUUCGGCAGUAGAAUUAAAGUGAUAGGUAACACGGGAAGUAACUCAACUAGAGAGGCUGUUCACGCUACAGAGCAGGGAUUUGCUGUUGGCAUGCAUGCUGCUCUCCACAUCAAUCCUUACUACGGGAAGACCUCAACUGAAGGAUUGAUCUCUCACUUCGAGGCUGUGCUUCCGAUGGGUCCAACUAUAAUUUAUAACGUGCCAUCAAGGAGUGGCCACGAUAUUACCCCUGAAAUUAUUGAGGCAAUUUCAAGAUACUCAAACCUGGCGGGUGUGAAAGAAUGUGUUGGACACGAGAGGGUGAAGUGCUAUACUGACAAGGGUAUUACAAUAUGGAGCGGCAACGAUGACGAAUGCCAUGAUUCUAGGUGGAAAUAUGGUGCUACUGGAGUCAUUUCUGUAGCAAGCAACCUUGUUCCUGGUCUCAUGCGCAGCCUCAUGUAUGAAGGUGAGAAUGCAGUGCUAAAUGAGAAGUUGUUGCCUUUGAUGAAAUGGUUAUUUUGCCAGCCAAAUCCCAUCGCUCUCAACACUGCUCUGGCUCAGCUUGGGGUGGUAAGGCCCGUCUUCAGAUUGCCGUAUGUUCCGGUUCCUCUUGCAAAGAGGAUUGAGUUUGUCCGAAUUGUUGAAGCUAUUGGACGGGAAAACUUUGUGGGACAGCAAGAGGCACGGGUUCUCGAUGAUGAUGAUUUUGUUUUGAUCAGUAGGUAUUAGUAAGUGAGCUUUGAUAUUCCUAGGUAUUUUGAUGAAUAAGUGUCUUGUCACGAGGAUUUUCAUACUUUCAAUGAAUAAAACUGUCUCAUGGAAUGAAUGCGGUUUUGGCUUA